CUCAACAGAAAUGGGAAGAAGGAGUCGGACCUGGAGGCUGCUCUGGCCCGGCUGAGGGAUUUAGAGGCUCUGUUGAACUCUAAAGAUGCCUCCCUGUCCACCGCCCUGGGGGAGAAACGCUCUCUAGAUGCUGAGGUCAGGGACCUGAAGGCCCAGCUAGCCAAGGUAAGAGACUAGUGGUAAAGGCCUAAUGGAUAACUGUGACAACUCUGAAUUCUACACAUACUGCAUACUCGCACCUCAGGUACAGGUUUCAGACUGCAUAUAAUUGGAUGAAAAAAAACUCCCCUACCGGAAAUUAUAUUUUUUCUUCCAUUGUAUAUAAAGAAAAAUGGUUACAUUUAAAGAACUAUCAAUUGUGAAUAGGAUUUUUGGGUAAGUGCUGUAACAAGUUCAGUGCAUCAUCAUGGAUCGUUCUAUGCCACCUUUUGGUCACGUAAGUGGAGUGCGUGAGAACCGCCUGCAGACCCUCAAGGAAGAACUGCAGUUCCAGAAGAACAUCUACGGAGAGGUGAGACUCUCUCUCUCUCUCUCUUACCUCACACUUACCCUCUGUCUCGCCUUUUCUCAUUUUCUUCCUUUACCUCUCUCUCUCUUUACCUCUCUCUCUCUUUACCUCUCUCUCUACCUCUCUCUCUACCUCACUCUCUCUUUUUCUCUCUCUUCUCUUUCUUUCUCUCAUUAUUUUUCUCUCCCUUAUUUUGUUUCCUCGUCUUUGUCUUUCUUUCUUUCUUUCUGUCUUUCUUUCUUUCUUUCUUUCUUUCUUUCUCUUUCUUUCUUUCUUUCUUUCUUUCUUUCUUUCUUUCUUCUUUCUUUCUCUUUCUUUCUUUCUUUCUUUCUUUCUUCUUUCUUCUUUCCUUUUCUUUCGUUCUUUCUUCUUUCCUUUCUUUUCUUUCUUGCUUUCUUUCUUUCUUUCGCUUCCUCGUCUGUCCUCUUCACUAGCCUUGUAAACCAGACUGAUGGAACACCGAGAUCAGUCUGGUUUAUGAGGUUACCUCUUCACCCUCUCUUCUAUAACUCAGGUAUGCCUGUACCGUCUAUCUCCCUGCAGGAGCUGAGGGAGUCCAAGCGCAGGCACGAGUCUCGCAUGGUGGAGAUUGACAGUGCAGGAACAAAGCAGGAUUACGAGAGUAAGCUGGCCGAGGCCCUGAUGGAGCUGAGAGCCCAGCACGAGGAGCAGGUCCGCAUCUACAAGGACGAGAUCGAAAAGACCUACAACUCCAAGGUAGGGAGCAGAACCCACAGGUCCACACUGCCAGCUCAAACGUGGACUAGAAGUAGAUCAGUUGAAAUCGGUAGUACUGUCCAUUCAUCAUUCAACAUCCUUUCACUGGCCCAGUGCCAACCUAGCACAGACACAUGGUUUCGUUCUGACCUCUGGCCCUGUGUGUGUCUCAGCUGGAGAACGCCCGUCACUCUGCAGACAGGAACAGCACCCUGGUGGGGGCGGCCCACGAGGAGCUGCAGCAGACCCGUGUGCGGAUGGAGGGCAUGUCCUCCCAGCUCAGCCAGCUGCAGAAACAGGUACGGCUGCACCCUGUCCAUCUGUCAAUCACAGAAGUCUCUUACCGUAUAUCUCCGUACUGUGGAGCUCUGACAGCUGUAAUCUUAGCUCAAGUGUUGGCUCUCUAAUACAAAGUAUUAGCACAGUUCAUCUCAUCUCUAUCUAAUAUGGCCGUUUGGUUGGUCUAACCGGCGUAUCAACCCUCUCUGUGUUAGCUGGCGGCGAGGGAGGCCAAGAUGCGUGAGCUGGAGGAGUCUCUGGCCCGUGAGCGGGACAUGAUGCGCCAGCGCCUGGAGGACAAGGAGAAGGAGAUGAGGGGACAUGCGCAUGCGAAUGCAGCAACAGCUGGAUGAAUACCAGGAGCUGCUGGACAUCAAACUGGCCCUGGACAUGGAGAUCAGCGCCUACCGUAAACUGCUGGAGGGAGAGGAGGAGAGGUGAGGAGACAUUACACAUCAUGCAUACACACACACACACAUUAGAUUUGUAUCAACAAUCUUCUUCUCUGCCUCCCCCCAGACUGCGUCUGUCUCCCAGCCCUCCCCCAACCCGAGUCACCGUGUCCCGUACCACCGGUUCGGGCUCAGCACACACCCUUACCACCCGUACCUCCGGCUCAGGACACAGCCACAGCGCCCGCGUUUUCCAGUCCACCAGCGGCAGUCGCAACUCCUCAGGCACGGCCAGCGCCAAGAAGAGACGGCUCAAUGACAACGACAGCGAGACCUCCAGCCUGGCGGGGGGCGUCGUGACCCGUACACGCAUCGCCCAGCAGGCCUCUGCUAGUGGCCGCGUCACCGUGGACGAGGUGGACCUGGAGGGGAAGUACGUCCGCCUCAGCAACAAGGCCAACGAGGUAUGGAGUUAAUCGGUCAGCUUGACAUACAAUGGGUGCUUUAUGCUACGAUGCGUCGCAUGCUUUCUGUUAUAUGGUAAAAACACCAUGUUGGGUGAUGAACUACUUAGUGAUUUUAGUUGACAUUGGCUGAAACAGACUUAAUGCUUAUCUGUUCUCCUUCAGGACCAGCUCCUGGGCCACUGGCAGGUGAAGAGACAGGUGGGCACCAGCACCCCCAUCGUCUACAAGUUCCCCCCCAAGUUCACCCUUAAGGCAGGACAGACCGUCACAGUGAGUAAAACCUUCAUCAUGUCUGCACUGUCAUCAACUAUGUUUGUGUUCAGUUUUUCGUACACGAUGUUGAGAGAAGUGUGUAUUCUAACAGUGAGCAGCACGUUUGUCACAAUGUAGGCCUGUGUGUAAAGUAUCUGUAGCAUGUGAUCAGGCCAUAACAGACAGUCCUGUACCUCUUCCCUCUGUAGAUUUGGGCUUCAGGAGCAGGUGGCACCCACAAUCCCCCCUCAGACCUGGUGUGGAAGACCCAGAACUCAUGGGGCAGCGGAGACCUGUUCCAAACCACCCUGGUCAGCGCCAAUGGAGAGGUGAGACACACACGACACACGCACAUGUUUGUAGUUGUACCCUUCCCAUUGUCCCGUUGACUGUUCAGUCUUGCUCUUGGCAACAUCAUCCCACUUCCUACAUUUUGAAUGCAUGUGAGAUUUGAUAAAUUACAUUACUCACGUCAUAGCCAAUUGACAAACUGACUGUUCUGCGCCUCUCUUUCCCACAGGAAAUGGCACAGAGGAAAGUUACACGCACCCUGCUCCAGGAAGAUGAUGACGAUGACGUGAGUCUCACUGUUUAUGAAAGACGCAGGCUCAGGACGAUAAAUAAAUAAAUGACUCAUACUAUACUUGCACUGUGAGGAAGGCUAUUGAGCCAAAACAUUGUUCAUGAUCGCCUGUUUCAGAUGAAAAUAGGUUAAUUUAUGUAGAGUACUUAUUUAGUCACCCAACAAGGCCAGGGGAGUGUGAUGAUACAUCUAAAAUACUUAUCUAAAGGGUGACAAGAAAAAUAGAAAUACUUUGAUUUACCCAGUGCUAAAAAGUGUAGGAACCACUGCCUCACAGUGGCUACAGUUGGUAUUUAACAGUAAUGUUCGAACCUUCUGUUCUCUGUCUCCCUCUGCAGGGCAACCACAGCGCAUGCGGUGUGGACAGUGAGUACAACCUGCGGAGCCGCACGGUGGUCUGUGGCUCGUGUGGCCAGCCGUCUGAUAAGAGCUGUGUCACCUCAGGGGUGUCCAGCGGCUCCUGCUCCAUCAGCAGUGGAGGAGGGGGUCUACCUGAGGGCCUGAUGUCUCCCCUCUUUAUAAUGGGCAGCAACUCACCCAGACAGGUACUGUAGGACUCCAUUAUCUGUUUGAUCAUGUAGAUCGUUUUAAUGAAGACAAAUGCAUUUUAACCCACAUUUUAAGACACCUUAACACACUAUUUCUGUUUCAAAGAACAAACACCCCCUCAUUCUCUCUCUCACUCACAUGCGCACAGCAACACUGUUAUCCCAGUUUUCCUGUUUCUCGUGCUGUUAUGACAACAUCGCCUUCCUGUCCCCCCCCCCCCAUAUCACUUCCUGUCUUUCUCAGGGAGGUCCCAGACCGGAGAACUGCUCCAUCAUGUAAAACCAGGCAGGCACCACCUUACCUGGACAAGAACCUCCCACACCACACAUGGAUGGGAGACUCCUUUUUUUAUUUGUUUAUUACUUUUUACUUCCUUUGUUUCGUAUAUGAUUGGUCCUAUUUUGUAUGACAUAAUCUGCAGGUUAGAUUGGCUUUGGUGUUUGGAAAAGGGUUAGGAGCUGCGUAUUCACUUCAGAUAUAUGAGCUUGUAUAUUCGAGUUAUAUUGCAUGUGGGCUGGGCAGAUGCUUGCACUGUUUAGGGCCAUAUCUAGGGAGAGAGGCACAGAAAGCACCUUUAACCAUUACAGUGGACUUUUGUGUCUCAUGUCUAAGCUGUCAACACUAAAUACGCACAGCAGCAAACCCUGUGGGGGCUGGAACCAGGGAUCUCUGCCCUGGUAUUCCCCAUACACUACCAUAGAAUGUCCUGAAUGUCACUUAAUAGAGAUGGAGUUGACCCCCUCAGACCCCUAGAGGAUUAUGGGUUUUUUGUAUUAGACUGAGCGAUGGGAUGAUGGGAUUGGUCAUUCUAAAGCCAUAGUUACAAAGAGGAGCUCAAACUUGAAACUGCCAUCAAGUGGUUUAUAUUUCUGAACACAAGGCGGUAGUUUUUUAUGGAAUGACAUCUAUAGUAUUACUCAUGAAACAAUCAGACAACUAUGGUGAUAUGGAUAUAGGUUCCAAAUUGUGACUUGUUUUCACAGGCUUGAAAGAGGUUCGUAGUUGUUAAAGAAAGGAAAGCAAACGAGAUGAGCGCACAGAUAUGGGUACUGUAUUGUAGUACUGUAUUGUAAAGUUGAGGAAGGUCUUCAUAUGACCUCUAGAAAGAGUUUCCUCUUAGAGGCUGAUAAUCCUUGUCUGACCUCACCUUUGUCUUGUUUGAAAAAACAAAACAAUUAUGCCACACCUUUUUGUUUAGGUAGUUGUACUGUAGGGCAACUCAUCAAGGCAGAAAAAUAUGAUUUCUAGGGACUAUUUUGUUGCAUUUUGAAUCUGAGAUAAUUGCCAAAUGGAUUAUAGUAAUGUUACUGUAACGUUCUAUUAUGAUUCUGCAUGUUAAUGGAUGAGGGAAUGAGGCAGACUCUAAAGACAGAAAUUGUCUGAGUUGGAAGUAUGUUGAUUUAAAUGAAAGGACAAUGCUUACCUUCUCAUGACAGCAGUGCAACAGAAUGUGUACAUUCUGUACCUUUGUUUGUAUCAGGUGUAGUGUCAGAAAUAAUGGGUUCAGAUAGUUAGUAAGUAAGCCUUGCUAGAGCCUGAACGGCCCAUAGGGGUAGUUAGACUAUAUGGUAUUAUCUGGCCAAAAGUUUACUUUAUUCAUGAACUACAGUAUGUUGCACUGGCAAAUAUGUUGGUGCCAAUAUUGCCUCAUAGCAUAUUUUCAGUGUAAUCAAUUAUUGUCUUCAAUUACUGUUUAUAUUUACAUGGUGCAUAAGAACUCUCACUUUGACAAUGUCAGAAAGAGUAUUUACUAGAGAAGGAAACCUAAAUGAAACUUAAACCAUCCAUUCCUCAUGAUAUGAUGCCAAUUUCACAUUGACUUAUUUUGUCCUCUGUAAUCAUGUAUUGUAGUCUUGAGACUAUUGUCCAGAGGCCUCUCUCCCACUAAAGGAUUAUAAUGGCUAUGUUUUUCUGAGCUUAGUGGCUUUGCUUUUGGGCAUGUUUAUACAUUUUUGGGGGGGGG